AGCAUCUCACCUCUGUUGAGAUUUUGCUUCGAGAUCUGGUCUUGUCGUCAUCGCUCUGUGGACGAACGGUCUGUGACACUUUUAUUGAUCCGCCGGAGGAAAGUUCUUACCCCAGAAACGGCGCUGCUUUUGAGGUGUGUCCCGCUCUGGAGUGCUGAUGAUGGAAAUGUGUGUCAGAGCAGUGGCUCUGUCUCUGGUGCUGCAGCAGCUGGUGCUCGCUGUCACAGCUGAAGGCAUGGUCUACGACCUGCUGGUGUCUCCAGACUGCCUGCCAGACCUGCUGCAAGGAAGCCUGAAGAACAAAGGGCGAGAUGAGGCUUUCCUCCUCUCGUCCUUCAGGCUCCACAGCAAGGCCCCCACUUCCCUCUACAGCGUCAUCAACCCCAAAGACAACACCAAGUACCUGGAGUUCAGUGUUCAGGCCAAACUGAACAAAGUGACUCUCCGUUACCAGAAGUCUGACGGCAGGUUUGGCACCGCCAGUUUCAACCACGCAUCCCUCGCAGACGGGCAGGAGCAUCACGUGAUGCUGCACGCCAGCGGCCUACAGCGCGGCCCGCCCCGCCUCAACAUCUACGUAGACUGUAGGCUGGCUCACAGCGUGGCUGACGUGCCGGCCGCGUUUGGGUCACUCCCACCGGGUCCCAACAAGGUGGCACUUAGGACCCUGCAGUCGAGCGGACAGGACGAACUGACCGACUUGAAGCUGGUGAUAGAAGACACCAUAGACAAUGUGGCCACUCUGCAGGACUGCAGCAUGGGCCAGGCUGAAUCUCUGCAGCUGCUCAGCGUGCAGCGAGGCAGGACGGUGCAAGAUCAGGCCACUAUGUCGGAGUUGAAGACCAUGUUAUCUGAGAUGAAGGAGUUGCUCCACCAGCAGAUUAAGGAGACGACAUUUCUGAGGAAUACCAUUGCGGAGUGUCUGGCCUGCGGACUCCAGGGCAAUCCAACCAACACAGGUCCAGCUCCACAUCCUCAGCCUAAACCUCUGACUCAGUGCCCACCUGGGACCUGUUUCAGACAGAACAUGUGCAUCCCUUCCGAGUUGGGUGGCUUCCAGUGUGCACCCUGUCCUGAUGGAUAUACAGGAGAUGGGGUAUACUGUGAUGAUGUAGAUGAGUGCCAGUUUAAUCCAUGCUUCCCUGGUGUUCGGUGUGUGAACACUGCUCCUGGUUUUCGAUGUGAGAAGUGCCCUCUGGGAUACACUGGGCCAGAGUUAAAUGGAGUGGGAGUGUCUUAUGCUAAGGCAAACAAACAGGUGUGUGAAGAUAUAGAUGAGUGUCUGAACCCGCCUGAGACCGGAGGUUGCACCCCCAACUCCGAAUGCUUCAACAGUAUAGGCUCCUACCGCUGUGGAGAGUGUAAAGCUGGAUUCACGGGUGACCAGGUGAGAGGCUGCCACGGUGCCAGGCUUUGCCCCAACGGCCAACCCAACCCCUGUGACACCAACGCAGAGUGUGUCGUGGAAAGAGACGGUAGCAUUAGCUGUGUGUGUGGCAUUGGCUGGGCCGGCAAUGGCUACGUGUGUGGGAGGGACACAGAUAUUGACGCGCAUCCUGACAAUAAACUCCAGUGCAGAGACAACUCCUGUAAGAAGGACAACUGUAAGAUGGUGCCAAACUCCGGCCAAGAGGAUGCAGACAGGGACGGGAUGGGUGACGCCUGCGAUGAGGAUGCAGACAAUGACGGCAUCGUCAACUUGGAUGAUAACUGCUGGCUGGUUCCUAAUGUGGACCAGAGGAACAGUGACAAGGAUCUCCAUGGCGACGCUUGUGACAACUGCAGGACAGUGGAAAAUCCCUCACAGAGGGACACAGAUCAGGAUGGUCUGGGAGAUGAAUGUGAUGAUGACAUGGACGGAGAUGGCUUGAAAAAUAUUCUGGACAACUGCCCACGAGUGCCCAACAUAGACCAGAAUGAUAAAGACAAUGACGGGGUGGGGGAUGUCUGUGACAGCUGUCCUGAUAUGGCCAACCCUAACCAGUCCGACUCAGAUGAUGAUCUUGUAGGAGACACCUGUGACACCAACAUAGACAGUGAUGGAGACGGACAUCAAAACACAAAAGACAACUGUCCCACGGUCAUCAACUCCUCUCAGCUGGACACUGACAAGGAUGGAUUGGGAGAUGAAUGUGACGAUGACGACGACAACGAUGGCAUACCGGACGACGACGACAACUGCAGACUCGUUCCCAACCCAGACCAAAAGGACUCCAACAAGGACAACGUUGGAGACGCGUGUGAAGGAGACUUUGACAAAGACAAUGUCAUUGACAUAAUUGACCACUGUCCGGAGAACGCUGAAGUCACCCUGACCGACUUCAGAGCUUAUCAGACUGUGGUGCUGGACCCAGAGGGAGACUCUCAGAUAGACCCCAACUGGGUGGUUCUCAACCAGGGCAUGGAGAUAGUCCAGACCAUGAACUCUGACCCUGGUCUCGCUGUAGGCUACAAAGCGUUCAGUGGAGUUGACUUUGAGGGAACCUUCCACGUGAACACAGUGACAGAUGACGACUACGCUGGCUUCAUCUUCGGAUACCAGGACUCCUCCUCCUUCUAUGUAGUGAUGUGGAAACAGACCGAGCAGACCUACUGGCAGGCUGCGCCCUUCAGGGCCGUCGCUGAGCCGGGAAUACAGCUCAAGGUGGUGAAGUCUAAGACGGGCCCUGGUGAGUAUCUGAGGAACUCCCUGUGGCACACAGGAAACACCCCCGAACAGGUACGUCUCCUGUGGAAAGACCCCAGGAACGUCGGCUGGAAGGACAAGGUUUCCUACCGCUGGUUCCUCCAGCACAGACCACAGGUUGGAUACAUCAGGGCUCGCUUUUUCGAGGGUUCAACCCUGGUUGCGGACACAUCAGUGAUCAUUGACACCAGUAUGAGAGGCGGGCGACUGGGCGUGUUCUGCUUCUCGCAGGAAAAUAUCAUCUGGUCCAACCUGAAGUACCGCUGCAAUGACACAAUUCCCGCCGACUACCAGGAUCUGCCCACAGCCCAGACUGAAAUCAGAGAUGGGGUUUAAUCCGUCGAAGGACGCAUACGUACAAGGAGCAGGCUUCAUUGUUGAGAACGGGACGAUGAAUGUAAGAGGGAUCACGACUGACCGUUUGGAUGACAGCGUUUUAACUUUGUCAUUAGAGUGAAAGGGUUUAAGAAAAGCUUGACGUUGGGCAUUAGUAUGAUUUCAGUAUAAAUGAAAAAUCAUAUAAUCUUUUAUAAAUCAUGCAGUUUCUGUGUACAUCUAUGCAAUAUCACCUUCUGUCUCUCAAGUGCUGUUAAAGAUGCUUUUUCCCUUCUAUUAAGUACAAUAAAAAAAAAAAUCAAAGCAU